AUGGAGUCCAAAGGUAGAGACACAGACUUUAUAGAAGGGGCCUGGAAAAUGCGAAAACCGCAUGAAAGAUUCUUCCCAGGACUAACAGAGGAACAGCAUGGCACUUGGAAAGGCUCAUUUUACUUUAUUUUAGCUGCGGACCCACAAUUGGGCCUGAUAGAUGGCUGGAAUGGUGUUCCCCCAGAGAAAGUGACAUGGGACAAGGAAAUAGAGUUGACAAACAAAGCUAUUGACUGUAUAAAUCGACUAAUACCAAGGCCAAAAUUUGUUGCUAUUUGUGGCGAUCUUGUUGAUGCAGCACCAGGAACUGAAAAACAUAGGUUACAAAUAAAGGAUUUGGUCAAAUGUCUCGAUCGACUUGAGAGUGACAUUCCUCUGGUGUGUCUUCCUGGCAAUCAUGACAUUGGUAAUGCCCCAACGCAAGAGACUAUCCAAGAAUAUACAGAAAAUUUUGGUGAUGACUAUUACAGUUUUAUUUUUGGAGGUACUCAUUUCAUUGUUGUUAAUAAUCAAUUUUACAAGGAUGCAAGUAAUGUCCCACAUUCCCUUCAACACCAUGAAAACUGGUUGAGUGAUCAACUACAAAUAGCAAAAUCAAGGAAGUACAAACACUGCAUAAUGCUGCAACAUAUCCCAUGGUUUCAUGAUGACCCAGAUGAAGCAGAAGAUUAUUUCAACAUUGAGCCAGAAAAAAGAAGAGGGCUCCUGAAAAGAUUCAAAGAAGCAAACAUCUUUCAUGCAUUCGCGGGUCAUUACCAUAGAAAUGCAGGGGGAAAAGAUGGUGACUUUGAGAUGACUGUUACAAGUGCUAUAGGCUGCCAAAUUGGUGAUGAUUUGUCAGGCAUGAGAAUUGUUCGUGUUUUUGAAGACAAAAUAGAUCACAAAUACUAUGACUUUGAUAACUUCCCUCAAAAUGUGCCUCUUGAAGAAAACUCAAAUCUGCCCUAA